AUGAUGGACCAAAAUCAUCAUUCAGAUAAGACAGCAGAGGCACAACCUUCUGAGAAAAGGAAAACUAGAAACUGCUGCAAUGGAUUCAAGAUGUUUUUGGCAGCCCUGUCACUCAGCUUUAUUUCUAAGGCACUGGGUGCAAUCAUUAUGAAAAGUUCCAUCACUCAAAUAGAAAGGAGAUUUGACAUAUCAUCUUCUACUGUUGGCUUAAUUGAUGGAAGCUUUGAAAUUGGAAAUUUGCUUGUGAUUGUAUUUGUGAGUUACUUUGGAGCCAAAUUACACAGACCGAAGCUAAUUGGAAUUGGUUGCAUUGUUAUGGGAACUGGAAGUAUUUUGACUGCUUUACCACAUUUCUUCAUGGGAUAUUACAGGUAUUCUAAAGACACCACUUUUAAUCCAUCAGAGAAUUCAACAUCAAAUUUACCAACUUGUUCGAUUAACCAAAGUUUGUUACCCAAUAGAACAUCAUUGGAGGUAGUGGAAAAAGGUUGGGAAAAGGAUUCUGGGUCAUAUAUGUGGAUAUAUGUUCUCAUGGGUAAUAUGCUUCGUGGAAUUGGGGAAACCCCUAUUGGCCCCUUGGGGAUUUCUUACAUCGAUGAUUUUGCUGAAGAAGGACAUUCUUCUUUGUAUUUAGGUAAUUUGCUUGCAGUAACAAUGAUUGGUCCAAUCAUUGGCUUUGUACUGGUAUCUCAGUUUUCUAAAAUGUAUGUGGAUAUUGGAUACGUGGAUCUGAGCACUAUCAGAAUAACUCCUAAGGACUCUCGUUGGGUUGGUGCCUGGUGGCUUGGUUUCCUUGCGGCUGGACUAAUAUCCAUUAUUUCUUCUAUACCAUUCUUUUUCUUGCCCAAAACUUUGGAUAAGCCAAAUAAGGAAAAAAAAGCUUCAGCAUCCUCAAUAUCUUUGCCUAUGAAAAAUGAAGAGAAAAGUCAAAUGGCUAGUUUGACCAAGACUGGGCAAAAUGUUACUGACACUAUAACUGGUUUCCUCCAGUCCUUGAAAAGCAUCCUUACCAAUCCCUUGUAUGUUUUAAUAUUAUUUUUGACACUGCUACAAGCCAGCAGCCACAUUGGUUCUGUUACUUAUGUGUUCAAAUACGUAGAGCAGCAGUAUGGCAAUUCAGCAUCUGAGACGAGCAUUUUGCUUGGAUUCAUAACCAUACCAUCUUUGGCAGCUGGAAUGUUUACAGGAGGAUUUAUUGUUAAAAAGUUCAAGUUUACCUUGGUUGGAAUUGCCAAAUUUUCACUUUGUACCCAUUUGAUGUCCUUCCUAUUUCAUCUAUUAAAUUUUGCACUAAUCUGUGAAAACAAAUCAGUCGCCGGACUAACUCUGACCUAUGAUGGAAAUAUUCCAGUGGCAUCGCAUGUAAAUGUACCACUUUCUUAUUGCAACUCAGACUGCAAUUGUGACCCAACUCAAUGGGAACCACUCUGUGGGAGCAAUGGAAUAACUUACAUAUCACCUUGUUUAGCAGGAUGCACAUCUUCAACUGGCAGCAAAAAGUCUAUUGUGUUUCACAACUGUAGUUGUGUGGAAGAGAAUGGUUUCCAGAGCAAAAAUAACUCGAUGAAGUUGGGUGAAUGCCCGAAAAGUGAUGACUGUAGAAGAAAAUUUUAUAUUUACAUAGUAGUGCAAAUACUUACCCUUUUUUCUGCUGCAUUAGGAAGCACCUCAAAUAUCAUGCUGAUUUUUAAAAAUGUUGAACCUGAACUGAAAUCACUUGCCAUGGGUUUCCAUUCACUAACUAUUCGAACACUAGGAGGAAUCCCAGCUCCUAUAUAUUUUGGAGCUCUGAUUGAUAGAGCUUGUAUGAAGUGGUCCAUCAACAACUAUGGGAAGCAAGGGUCUUGCAGGAUAUAUAAUUCCUUGUUAUAUGGACAUACUUUCUUUGGCUUGACUACAGGCUUAAAAUUCUCAGCCCUUGUUUUAUUUGUUGUACUGAUUUUUGCUAUGAAGAAAAAAUACCAAGGGAAAGAUAUUAAGGCAUCAGAAAAUGAAACAAAAGCCGUGAAUGAAGCAAACUCAGGACCAUUAAUUAAUGAUGCCAAAGUGGACCAUGAAACACAUAUUUAG